UCAGUUGGUUGCGAUCGGCCAGAUCGUGCGGACGUGUUUUUUUCUUGCGAAAGUCGCCUGAAUCGAUGAAGUAGUACUAGUAGGCUGUGGUAGGUGAUUAGAUGCUGGCUGAUGGUCGACUAGUUGGAACGGGAGCUCGUUGGACAAUCGAAAGAGCAGCAGCUGAUAAAGUGUGUGAAAGUUCCUAAACAAUUAUUCGGUAGCCGACGACCCGAGCGCUGGAAGUAAACAUUUGGGCAAAAGAUUAGAACUUGAUCGAAUCGGUGUGCGAAUUGUAUAGAGUAGUGAGGUAUUAAGUGAAAUUAAAUGUAAACCGUUGAUAAGAAAUGCAGUGAAGCGUCCGAUAAUCGAAGUUAAAACCCGAUCGUUGCAAAAACCCGUGUUCCUGAUUCGUAAACGAAAAAUCAUCACCUAAGCUGAAAUGUUGUCGUUCAAAUCGAUCGUGCUGGCAGCGGCCGUGCUGUAUGCUGGGAUCACUUAUGCCAUUCAGGUUCCAACCGUCGAUCAGUUGAGCAUUGCCAGCAACGAUCGGCAGGAUUUUGCCUCGCCCUAUCAUCAAGCACCGGCUGGAAUCGGUGGCAGAGAUGAACCGCGAGCUUACCGACCGGAUACGUCGUCUCUGGAUUUCGUGUACCAUAACCAUGAGGACAUGACCAGAUAUCUGCGAGCGACGACCGCUCGAUACCCUAACCUAACUGCCUUAUACUCCAUUGGCAAGUCCGUUCAAGGUCGCGACCUAUGGGUGAUGGUCGUUUCGGCUUCCCCGUACGAACACAUGCUCGGCAAGCCGGAUGUUAAGUACAUCGGAAACAUCCACGGUAACGAAGCCGUCGGUCGCGAAUUGCUGCUUCAUCUGAUACAGUACCUGAUUACCAGCUAUACUAGCGAUCCUUACAUUAAGUGGUUGCUGGAUAACACUAGGAUUCAUAUCUUGCCUUCGCUGAACCCGGAUGGGUAUGCCGCGUCCAAGGAGGGUACCUGCGAUGGAGGCCAGGGACGCUACAACUCGCGAGGGUUCGAUUUGAACCGGAACUUCCCGGAUUACUUCAAGCAGAAUAACAAGCGAUCUCAGCCGGAAACGGAAGCGGUUAAGGAGUGGAUCUCGAAGAUUCAGUUUAUUCUUAGCGGAUCACUGCACGGUGGCGCACUGGUUGCCAGUUACCCGUACGAUAACACACCUAAUGCUAAGAUUUGUCGAUCUUCGUCGACGUGUGCCGUAUUCAACAGCUACGUUCAGCAGCCGUCGCUGACACCGGACGACGACGUGUUCAAACAUCUGUCGCUGACGUACUCCAACAAUCACGCCAAGAUGUCCCGUGGAGUUGCCUGCAAAUCGGCGUCACCUUCGUUCGAGAACGGAAUCACUAACGGGGCUGCUUGGUAUCCGUUGACCGGAGGAAUGCAGGACUUUAACUACGUGUGGCACGGAUGUAUGGAGAUUACGCUGGAGGUGUCCUGCUGCAAGUUCCCUCCGGCUUACGAGCUUCGCAAGUACUGGGACGAUAAUCAGCUGUCGCUGAUCAAGUUUCUAGCUGAAGCUCAUCGGGGCGUUCAAGGUUUCGUCGUUGAUCCGAAUGGGAGUCCGAUCGAGCGGGCUCAGCUGAAAAUCAAGAGUAGAGACGUCGGCUUUGUCACUACCAAGUACGGCGAAUUCUGGAGAAUUCUGAUGCCCGGCGUGUACAAACUGGAGGUGUUCGCCGACGGGUUCGUUCCCAGAGAUGUUGAUUUUAUGGUUGUUGAACAACAUCCGACGCUGCUGAACGUAACCAUGCAACCAUCGAAGCGCAACGACGGCGCCUACUAUCGUCCCGUCCAAUCAUCCCCAUCGCAGUACCGUCCGCAGCUAGCCGUCCCGGCUGCCCAAACUGCGGGUGCUGGAUCUCCAGCCGACGAGGGUAUCCUUUCGACACUGAGCAACGGUUUCAACAGUUUGGUGAACAACAUUUUCGGUUAAACAACAGCACACAAUCAACUGACCUCAGGGGUUCCGCCGGAGGGCAGUGUAAUCGGAUGCAGUAUUAAUAAAAAAUGGCAUAGACAACAACAAAAAUUCAGCUCGGAAGCGAAACUUCCGAGGGUAUUCAUCAGAUAACAUGCUUAUUGAUUGGUUGCUUGGCAAACCAAAUUAUUUUUGCACUCUAACAAACAGCGGCUAGCAUAAACAGGACGAUAUAAUGUGCGUGCUCCAGUGAUAUGACGAUAACAUAACUUUUAAAACUUGAAAUGAAUACAAUCCGACUUAGAACAAAUCAUUAGACUAGUUAAAACUUGAAAAGGAUAUAUAUUUAAAUGCAUAUGCAACAGAAGAUAUUCGAUAUAUGGAAGGCGUUCUCCAAACUAUGUUCACAUUUUAGUGAUUUAAUAAGAGCUAUUGUUCAAAAUAAUCGAAUGAAUCGCUUCCAACUCACAAAUUCGUUGUUAGGCACCUAGAAUUACUGUUAAAAGAACUUAUUAUAGAUUCAGAUGAUGAAGACUUAUUUAUUACGAUAAUAACGGCACAAAAGUCGUCAAAUACACCAAGGAAAAUAAA